AUGAACGCCCCAGGCUCUAUGCGCAGGCCCGGCGGCACCAAGCUCAAGCCGCCCAAGAAGAUCGGUCUUGAUGUCUCAAUCGAAGACAUGUGGCUUAGGCUCGCCCACGCCAUCUCCCAGAUCCAAAACCACAACAUCUCCAAGCUCAGCUAUGAAGAGCACUAUCGCUACGCCUACAACCUUGUCCUCUACCAGCAGGGCGACAUGCUCUAUCAUGGCGUCAAGAAGCAGGUCCAGUCCCAUCUCGACAAGCUCUGUCGUGAGAAAAUCAUCCCCGCAUUCCCGCCUGGUGGCGCCGCUUCGGUCUCCUCAGGCAUCAUCUUGCCAGAAGCCUUGCUGAACAACUCGCAGUCCGCUUCGUCCUCUUCCCGCACCAAUGCCCACUCUGCAGCCUCUUCCUCUAGCACCAACAGCAAGGGCAAGGGCAAAGCCACCGACUUCGAAUCCGACUCCGACUCCUUCACCGAUGGCGCUCAAGAUGGCUCUUCUGGCUCGGCCGCUGCUACUAUGUCCGCAACUCAAGCUGGUGACCGUGCUGAUGCCGUCGCUCGCAUUCAGGCAGGCGAGCGUCUCAUGACCGCCAUUCGCGAUACUUGGCUCGAUCACCGUAGUUGCAUGUCCAAACUCUCCGAAGUCCUCAAAUACGUAGACCGCGUCUACGUCGAGAAUCACAAGGUCCCUUCCAUCAAUCGUUUAGGUCUCGAGAUCUUCCGCGACUCGGUCAUUCGAUCCGCUAUCUAUCCUAUCCAGAUCUAUCUCUAUAGCACGCUUCUCACCCAUAUUCAGAUCGAGCGAGAGGGCUCCGCAAUCAGCCGCUCUCUUGUCAAGUCGAAUGUCGACAUGCUCGCCGAUCUCACUCAGCACAAGCCAGGCAUGCCUUCGAACCAAGACCCUUCUGUCUACUCGACCGACUUUGAGCCCGCAUUCCUGCAAACCUCAGCUGCUUUCUACUCUGCUGAGGCAGACCGCUGGCUCGAUGCCGGUGAUGCUGCAAAGUAUCUAGCACACGUUGCGCGAAGAUUGCAAGAGGAAGCCGAUCGCGUCUCGGUGUAUCUCAAGCCCGAAACAUCCAAACCGCUCCAGCAUCUGCUUGAAAAGAACUUCUUGGCAAAGCAUCUCAGCACCAUUAUCGACAUGCCCGGUUCCGGUCUCGUCACUAUGCUAGACGAAGACCGCAAAGAGGACCUCGGUCGCAUGUACACCCUCUUCAACAAGGUCUCUGAAGGUCCACAGACUCUGCGACUCGGUCUGAAGAGCUACAUUGCUGCCAAGGGCAAGCUCAUUAACGACGCGGUCACCAGUCAGACUGCUGCUCAGCAAGACGCUCCCAUGCAACGCGAAGCUCAAGAUGACUCUGCAAAGGCCAAGUCCAAGGACAAGGCUGCCGAUAGCGAAGCUUCUACACCUCAAGCUGCUACUGCGAUUCGAUGGGUCCAAGAGGUGCUCGAAUUCAAGAACAAGUUUGACGCCAUCCUUGAUACGGCUUUUUUUAAAGACACUGGAUGCGAGACCUCGAUCAACGAAGCGUUCGAGUCUUUUAUCAACAGCAACAAGCGUGCGCCUGAAUUCAUCUCACUCUUUAUCGACGAGAAUCUCAAAAAGGGUCUCAAGGGCAAAACCGAAGCCGAGGUGGACGAGGUGCUGCGCAAGACCAUCUCCGUCUUCCGCUUUCUCCACGAGAAGGACACAUUCGAGCGUUACUACAAACAGCAUCUGGCCAAGCGUCUCUUGCAGGGUCGAAGUGUGUCAGAUGAUGCAGAGCGAGGCAUGAUGGCCAAGCUCAAGAUUGAAAGUGGACACGGCUACGUUGCUAAGCUGCAAGGUAUGCUCAACGAUAUGAAAACGAGCGAAGAAACGAUGGACCAUUUCAAUAAAACGAUCAAGAACUCGCAUCGACCUAUGCCGUUCGCGUUGUCGGUCAAUGUGCUUACCAGUACCAACUGGCCCAUCUCCGCUCAGGCACCGAGCUGUACUAUGCCCGAUACACUGAUGGAGGCAAGACGACGAUUUGAAGAGUUCUACCAGAGCAAGCACAACGGACGAGUGCUCACAUGGCAUGCCAAUUUGGGUAAUGCUGAUGUUCGAGUAGCAUUCAAAUCUCGAACCCACGAAAUCAAUCUCUCGACUUUUGCUCUCGUUGUUCUUCUUCUCUUCGAUCAAACCGACGCAACGCUAUCCUACUCUGACAUUGCCCGCGCAACCAACAUUCCAGACUCGGAUCUUCAGCGAACUCUGCAAUCUCUUGCAUGCGCAAAAUUCCGCAUGCUCAUCAAAACACCCAAAGGAAGAGAAGUGAACAAAGACAACACUUUCGCUUUCAACUCUUCUUUCACUUGUCCUCUUGCUCGAUUCAAAAUCCAACAAAUUGCAGCUAGGGUCGAAACAGCCAAGGAGAGAAAGGAGACAAAUGAAAAGGUUGAAGAGGAAAGAAAAAAUCUCAUCGAGGCAUGUAUCGUGAGGAUCAUGAAGAAUCGCAAGACUUUGGGGCAUAACGAUUUGGUUCAAGAGACAAUCACACAGCUUUCGGCGAGGUUCCAACCGACAAUUCCAUUCAUCAAGAAGAGGAUAGAAAGUUUGAUCGAAAGAGAAUAUUUGGAGCGUCAACAGGACGAUCGUGGCAUGUAUAACUAUCUAGCAUGA